GACAUUUUCACCUAAAUUCUGUACCUCUCCGAUAAUCUGCCUUGUAUGAGACAAGGGCCACAUGACAGCAUCUGAUGAUUCAACUCCUACAGAUGAUUGUGAGCCUGAUCCCGAGUCUAUGGUAGAGCCCCGCACAUCCUUCAAGGGCCAAUGAAUCAAUUCGAAACAGCAGUGGAGCUCAAGCUCCCAUCUUCAGAUGAGGUUGUGAAUGCGGAGAUACAGGAGACGUCUGCUGAAACGCACAACAAGCCUGAUGGAAGUCAGAAUCAGCCGCCAGGGUUUGACAUGAUCUACAAGAUCGAAGAUGUACCGCCUUGGUAUCUAUGCAUGCUGCUGGGACUUCAGCACUACCUAACAUGCUUCAGUGGAACUAUAGCUGUACCGUUUCUAUUGGCUGAUGCAAUGUGUGUGGGGCGGGACCAGUACACCGUUAGCCAAUUGGUGGGCACCAUGUUCACCUGUGUGGGCAUCACUACUCUCAUACAGACCACAUUUGGUGUCAGGUUGCCUCUUUUCCAAGCGAGUGCUCUUGCCUUUCUUGUCCCUGCUCAGGCAAUACUGAGGCUCGACAGAUGGAAAUGUCCCCCUGAAGAGGAGAUUUACGGAAAUUGGACGCUUCCUCUCAACACAUCCCAUAUUUGGCAUCCACGAAUUAGAGAGAUUCAGGGUGCUAUCAUUGUGUCUAGUCUGGUUGAGGUGGUCAUAGGGUUAACUGGAAUCCCUGGCAUCCUUCUCAACUCAAUUGGACCGCUGACUGUCACCCCCACCGUCUCUCUUAUCGGCCUGUCAGUCUUCCAGACGGCAGGAGACCGGGCGGGCAGCCACUGGGGUCUCUCUCUGCUGUGCAUCUUCCUCAUUGUUUUGUUUGCUCAGUAUCUGAGGAACUGGGCUUGUCCUUUGCCCACCUAUACCAGAAAGAAAGGCUGUCACAUGACACGUGCGCAGAUCUUCAAAAUGUUUCCAAUCAUCAUGGCCAUCAUGGUGGUGUGGUUGGUAUGCUAUAUUCUCACCCUGACAGACGUGCUGCCCAAUGACCCAACUCAGUACGGCUACAAAGCUCGCACCGACUCUCGGGGUGAUAUCGUGACCCAGGCGCCAUGGUUUCGUUUCCCCUAUCCCUGUCAGUGGGGUUUACCCACAGUGACAGUGGCAGGAGUGCUGGGGAUGUUCAGCGCAACUCUAGCCGGUAUCAUUGAGUCUAUUGGGGAUUAUUACGCAUGUGCUCGCCUCUCUGGGGCUCCGCCUCCUCCUGUGCAUGCUAUCAAUAGAGGGAUCUUUACAGAGGGCAUGUGCUGUAUUUUCACAGGACUUAUGGGUACAGGAAAUGGCUCAACGUCCUCUAGUCCAAACAUAGGGGUGCUUGGCAUCACAAAGGUGGGCAGCAGAAGGGUGAUACAGUAUGGGGCAGGUAUAAUGUUGAUAUUGGGAACUAUUGGGAAGUUUACCGCACUUUUUGCCUCUUUCCCUGACCCUGUCCUCGGAGGGAUGUUCUGCACUUUGUUCGGUAUGAUUACAGCUGUUGGAUUGUCAAACCUCCAGAGUGUAGAUCUGAACUCUUCCAGAAAUCUUUUUGUGCUGGGUUUCUCCUUGUUUACCGGCCUCAUGCUGCCUAACUAUCUGGAGACUCAUCCGGGCAGCAUCGAAACAGGUGUGCCAGAGCUGGACCAGAUCAUUACAGUUCUCCUGACCACAGAGAUGUUUGUUGGGGGAUUCAUAGCGUUUGCACUGGAUAACACAAUCCCAGGCACCAAAAAAGAGCGAGGUCUGAUCAAUUGGGCAGCCGAGAAUUCUGUAGCAGAUAAAUUGACAUCAGACACGUAUGACUUUCCAGUGGGGAUGGGUCUGGUCCGGAAGCUGAACUGUCUGCGCUACCUGCCCAUCUGUCCCACUUUCCAGGGCUAUAAGGCAUUACGCCACAGGCAUAAAGAGAAUAACGUGACAAGCAAUGAAGGUGUGCCUCCAGAUGUUCCAGAGGAGACGAUCUGCACCAAAGUGUAGCCAUAUUGUUAUUUAACUGGGUUUUGUGUAGAAUACUUUGUUAAGAGCAAAUUAACCUUUUUACAGCUGAACACCAGAUUUGUUUCAGUUAGUUUGUUCAGUACUGCAUCUAAUAAUAUAAUACGACUCCUCCAUUAAAGCAUGGACGCUUAUAUUUCUAUUACGAUUUGAAGGACAGUUUAAGAAGCAAAUUCAGAUUUUAUUGAAAUAAUGUGAAAAUUACAGUCCGGUUAAUGAUAGUGUACAAAAUUCACAAGUGUUUAGCACUAAACAAAUGUUUUUAGAAAGGUUCAGUUUAGGAAGAUCGUGAACAUAUGUGUUUAGAAUACACAUGUGAUAAUGUACAUAUACAUGUUAUCGUAACAGAUAAUGUUUAUAAAUAAUUGUACUUUGUAUGCCAUGAGAACAUUACAGAUAAUCAUGUGGGAUGUUCAGUGUUGAAAAAGCUGUGCUUACGUUACUUUGUAUUAAAAAAUG